ACCUAUCAGGCCUCCAUGGAACUCCUCUCCGCACGGGACAGAUUCAUCCCCAACUACAGGUGCAGCUCCCUCAGCAAUCCGGUUGCUGCCAUCGCGGGACCGAGUGCUAGUUUUUGUCGUGACAUGGCAACUAUUCUGAACUCUUACAAGAUUCCACAGCUCACAUACGGUUCUCCUUCAGUGAUGAAUACCAAAAGCCAGUCGAUUUUCUCCAGAUGGAUGUUCCCAAACAGCAACCACCAUUAUAAUGGGAUUCUUAAGUUACUGCUCCAUUUCAGGUGGACGUGGAUUGGAGUGAUUCAUCUGGCUGUCAAGACCUCAGAGGUAUUUGUACAUAGUGUGCUUCCCCUCUUUUCCCAGAAAGGGAUCUGCUUUGCAUUCAUUGAAAGCUUUCCCCAAAUGUCAUCUUCCAAUGAUAUUGCUGAAGUGAUGGAGAAGGGAUUGGGUUUAUUCAACGUUGCCAUGACAAGCACGGCCAAUGUGCUGGUGGUUCAUGGCAAUACUGAAACGAUAAUGAUUUUGAGAAUGAUGCUGUAUGGGUCAAUAUUUGAGAACAGACCAGUGGAGAAAAAAAUCUGGCUCAUGACAGCCCAGAUGGAAUUCACCUCACUAUCCUUCCAGAGAGACUGGGACUUAGACUUCAUCCACGGUGCUAUAUCCUUUGCCAUUCACUCAGUGGAGGUGCCGGGAUUCCAGGAGUUUCUUCGGAGGAGAAACCCUCGAGUGGAAGAGGAAGAUGGCUUUCUCAAGGACUUCUGGAAAGAUACAUUUAAGUGCUGGUUUCAUGAUUCUGUAUCCCACAAGAAGGCUAUGAACAUCUGCACUGGGGAGGAGAAUCUGGAGACUCUUCCAGGGUCUGUCUUUGAAAUGAGCAUGAAUGGCCACAGCUACAGUGUUUAUAAUGCAGUCUAUGCUGUGGCGCAUGCAGCGCAUGCCAUGCGGUUGUCCACAUUCAGACAAAGAAACCCGAUGAAUGGAGAGACCUGGAAGCUGAAUCAACCACCAUGGCAGCUCCAUCAUUUUCUGAGAAACAGCUCAUUUAACAACACUGCCGGGGAAGAGGUGUCCUUUGACCAAAAUGGGGAACUGAUAGCUGGAUUUGAUAUUAUCAACUGGGUCACCUUCCCAAACCAGUCUUUUCUGAGAGUCAGAGUGGGAAGGAUAGACCCAAAGGCUCCUCCUAAUAACAUAUUCACCAUUCAUGAAGAUGCCAUUGUGUGGCCAAGCGGAUUUGACCAGGCACGGCCCCUUUCCGUGUGUAACGGCAUUUGCUAUCCGGGUUACAGUAGGAUGAAGAAGGAAGGGGAACCAUUCUGCUGUUACGAUUGCUUCCCGUGUCCAGAAGGGAAGAUUUCUGGCCAUGAAGAUAUGGAUGAGUGUUUCUCAUGUCCAGAAGGUCAUUACUCUAACAGUGACCACAAUUUAUGCAUUCCCAAAGUUAUUAGCUUCUUAUCUUACGAAGAAAUAUUAGGAGCCUGUCUGGCUGCUUCUGCCCUUUCUUUAUCGCUUAUUACAGCUUGGGUCCUUGGGAUAUUCCUUAAAUACCGGGACACUCCCAUCGUCAAAGCCAACAACCGGGACCUCACCUACACUCUGCUCAUCUCCCUCCUGCUAUCUUUCCUUUGUGCUUUACUAUUCAUUGGCCGACCUGAAAAAUUCAUGUGCCUCCUUCGACAAACAGCUUUUGGCAUCAUCUUCUCCCUCGCCGUGUCUUGUGUGUUGGCCAAAACCACCACUGUGGUUCUAGCAUUCAUGGCCACCAAACCAGGAUCCAGAAUGAAGAACUGGGUGGGGAAACGAUCCGCAAUCUGCAUUGUUCUUUUCGGCCUUCUUGUUCAAGUCACUGUUUGUACUGUAUGGCUAGCAACCUCUCCUCCAUUUCCAGAUUCUGACAUGCACGCAGUAACGGAAGAGAUUGUGCUGCAAUGUAACGAAGGGUCUGUUGCUUUGUUUUUCUGUGUCCUGGGCUUUCUGGGCUUCUUGGCCAUCGUCAGCUUUUCUGUGGCUUUCCUAGCUAGGAAAUUACCAGACAGCUUUAAUGAAGCCAAAUUCAUCACUUUCAGCAUGGUGGUCUUUUGCAGUGUUUGGUUCUGCUUUAUUCCAGCCUACUUAAGCACCAAGGGAAAAUACACGGUGGCUAUGGAGAUUUUCUCCAUCUUGUCUUCCAGUGCUGGAUUGCUAGUUUGCAUCUUUUCUCCUAAAGUAUACAUCAUGAUGUUGAAGCCUGAGUGGAAUAAUAAGGACUGGUUGCUAAGGAGAAAAAGAGAAGAAAGCUAAGGCCAUGGUGACUGGGGUCUAGCUGAAGUAAUCUU